AUGUCCUCAACUUGUAUAAAAUCGAUACACAGAUGUACCUUAAAACCGGGAUCAAUAUAUGCAUACGUCGAAGAGGAGAUUCAACCACGACACAACAUUUUCGAAGAAGAACAAUCUUCUGAUCACGACCAAGGAAUUUGCACAAGGAUCUCACCCGAGGGCGAAGAAUCUGCUUUCGAAUAUGUAGAGGCUGUUCUACUCGGCUCAGGUCUGAACUGGGACGAGUUCCUGCUGAGGUGGCUUUCCUCGUACGAAAUCCUCGACUCCUCACUAUUCGACGAGGUUGAGCUGUUCUCAAGCCGGCCCCACCACGACCAGAAACUCCUGUUCGACUGUGCCAACGAGGCUUUAGAGGAGGUUUGCAAGGAUUACUUUGGGUGCUUUAAUGGAAAAUCGAGAAGUACUAAAACUAAUGUUCGGCCGUUGCCUAAAGGGAUGGACCUCAUUCAUGAUGUGUGGGAAAGAGUCGAAAAGCGCCUUCUUCAUAAUAAUUCACAGUCUCUACCUCUCGACGGGCUCUUGAAGAGGGACUUGGUGGGGUCCACCGAAAACUCGGAUGUUGAGCUUAUUGUGCAAGAAGUUGAGGAGAUAAUUUUUGAUGAGUUGGUGGAUGAAAUUUUUUUAGGGUGUUUUCGGGAUUGUGCUUUCGAGCGUGAGUUUGACGUGUGUUAUAGUGAGUCCACAAACAUCAAGGAUGUCGAUUCGUAG